AUGAUGCACUUUUCAGUCGAACGGCCCAUGCAGGUCGCGGUUGUGGCCGUCUCAGCCGUAUGCCUGGUGCUGCCAACAGUUUCCAUUUUUCUACGGCUGCUGGCCCGCCGAAUCGCCCAUCGGACUCUUGAUAUCAGUGAUUAUUUGAUGGUGGCGGCCUGGUUGCUCGCCUCUGGUUUUCAGAUAGUAUGCUUCUUCGGGGUCCUCCAUUUCGGUGUUGGAUACCAUUCCAGUGAGAUCAAGGCAUGGUAUGGAAGCAGGGCAACGGAAGGCUUCUCCAUCGGCUUGUGGGCUCUUAGCCUGAGUUGCUGCAAGCUCUCCGUGUUACUUCUGUACCGCAAACUCUUCCCAGUUCGAUCCGUUACGAUUGCUGUCGAUGUGUCCAUCGUCUUGAUUUUCCUAUUCCUCUUGGUCGCCGUUCUUGGAGGCUGCUUAAUAUGCCAGCCAUUUGCGUAUAAUUGGGACAAGACCAUAGAAGGUGGUCACUGCGGCGACCUCGUUGGUAUUAUCAAGACGACCGGCGCGGGCAAUGUCAUUACCGAUGUCGCAGCACUGAUUGUAGCUUUACCGUCGAUAUUCGGUCUACAGCUGCCACUUUACAAGAAAAUUGUGCUCAUGGCCACCUUUGGGCUCGGUGUUGUCACCGUGAUCGUGAGCAUCUUCCGACUCGCCACACUCAUUACUGUCGACUUCGAUGAUCUUACCUACACCUGCACCGAGGCCCUGAUUUUCACCGCCAUCGAACCUGCACUUGCGAUAGUCCUCUCCAAUAUCCCGAUGCUGCGGCCCCUCCUCAAGCGUGGAAAAUACUCAGCAAAUGGCACAGCAAGUCCCAUGUUUUCGUUGAAACCAAGAAGUGCAACGAAGAGGUCAACCAAUAUCGGCGCAUUCGAGCCCUUGAGCGAUGACUCAUCGCAAUACCAGUUACGGCCGCUCGGAACCAAGCAUAACGUGCAGAUCUCGGUGGACCGCGAGGACGGAAGACCAGAUAGCCACGAGCGACAACCAUCCCCAUCCUCCGACCAGCAAAGAGCCAUCACGAUCAGACAAGACUGGGAAGUGCGACAGGAAGUCGAUAUAAUAAGCAAGACGUAG